AUGCUCCAUGUGCGAGCAAUGGCGCAGCAUUAUAUGCGGCUGGAAUUGCAAUUCGAACCGAGGGAUGACAGACCCAUUGGCCUCCAAAUGCAUAUAGACGACAGUUGGCUGGCGAUGUUUACAGGUAAUCAGGAUACCAAGUACAGCCGAUCUACAGGAUUCCUCCCGCGAUCUUCUUGCUGCGAUCAGCAGAACCCUUACAUCGACUGUGGCGUUAAAAGUAUAUCAGGCUUGCCCUCGGGUGGGGAUGGCGGGUCGAAAAGCACGCAGAGCCCGCCAUCUGAACAAGUUCUCUUCUGUGCCAUAGCACUGCCCAAGGAUACCACUUCUGUGAUACAAGGUUUGGGUGCCAUUUUGACGAUAGCACGUAGGUCUCGAGUUGCAUGGUCGGCCAUCAAAGAAAGACAGGUCGCUUGAUCUGUUCGAUUGCAGAGCAGAAUGGUGGCAGAAUGACAGAGCAACCUCAUGAAGGCAAGUGGAAACCCACAUUCCGAGCCGUUCACACCGAGCCCCGA